AUGGAUAGGAGUAUCAACAACAUGGUUGAAGGCUUAGAGGCUAUGGUUCAAGAAGCGGUCGAGGUUGCUGAGGUCGCUGAUGAUCGAAGUCAAGUGGAAGAACUGUGCACAAUCAUUGAGGGAGCGAAGGGCGCUGUGCAUGAUGCUUCCCCCGAACCUGGAUUUCUCAUGACAACCGCACUUCCUCUUAAGGUGUCUGACUCUUCAAGCUCAUCUAGUCGCCACCAGAAUUUACAGCCGUCUGCCAUCGUCCAGCAAGGUGGCAUAGAUGAUGUCGCUCCCAAUUUCCGGCUGCCACAAGAUGUACCAAGAGCCUCAGUGUCCUACGAUUGGGCAUACGCGAAUCCAGGCGUUCGAAAGCAAGAUGGUUCGUCUACUUCAUUAUGCUCGUCCAGUGAUCAUGAAAGCGAGCGAGACCAUGUCGAUUUCGUCACGCGAAGCGAUCUGCUCCUGCCAAAGCUGGCUCAAACAGCUCCAAGAGAACACGUCGAUUUCGUUCUUCGUCCUGUAGGUAGAGACAAAUCUCGCGGUCGGUCUCGCCAACGCAUCACUGAUAAUAUUGCGGUGCGUCGAAAUCGCCGCUGUCGAAGCCACGAGCAUACAUCGAGACCUAAAACUCGGCUUGGGCCAAGGGAUGACUCGGGCUUCGGUGAGGGAGAUACCUCUUUAGAUGAGGACGACAGGCUGUCGAAGCCAUAUGGCACCGAACUUACGGUACGAGGACAAUCCCACCAUCACACGUUUGGUCUUCGACGACAUCACCGCAGACAGCCAAUUGCACGAAAUUGGUCUGCAGGUAAGAAGCGUCUUACUGCGAGUAUUGCGUGUAUCAACACAGCUCUGCUUGGUGUCAUCGUUGGCAUCUAUGCGGGUGAAGUGCCUCGCAUACAGUAUUCCCUGGCGGACGAACGCCACGUCACGAUCAUAGGUAAUGCAGUAUUGUACGCUGGGCUUGCUUUUUCGACCUUCUUUGCCUGGACACUACCCCUCCUACAUGGGCGCAAACCCUAUGUCCUCGCUGCUCUCGCAAUCGCCUUGCCACUCCAAUUUCCCCAAGCAAUUGUCGUCAGCGGCUUCCGCAACAAGGACGCGAAGUAUCGUGUCGGCCUUUUACUUUCUCGUGGCUUAUCUGGGGUCGUUCUCGGAUUUGCAAAUGUCAAUUACAUCACUGUGUUGCUUGACCUCUUUGGGGCUUCUCUACAAUCCAAAAACCCUCAUCAAGAGUUCGUUGUUGCAAACGAUGUCCGUCGCCACGGUGGAGGUAUGGGCAUGUGGCUGGGGCUUUGGUCAUGGUGCUGGAUCGGGUCUCUGGCCGUCGGCUUCCAAAUCGGGGCUGCGAUCAUCGAAAAGCUGACACCGGACUGGGGGUUCUAUAUUGUCGUGGUGAUCCUCGCUCUUGCCUUGAUCUUAAACAUCAUGACUUCAGAAACGCGACGCGCACCAUUCCGGAAGUCGGUGACUGAGGUAUAUGACAGAGACGAGAACUACAUCACAAGGCGUGUGAGCAGGGGUGAAGUGAAAUUGCACAUCGAAACCGAAGGACCGAAGUAUUGGUUCGAGGAAGUAUGGGCGGGUAUGCAGCUUAUGGCAAUGAUGCUGUGUCAACCUGGCUUUCUCGUCCUGGCAUUGUACCUGGGAUGGAUAUAUGCACAGGUCGUCCUUGUGAUCAUUUUGCUAGGUGCUCUCCUGUCGCGAGACUACAGAUGGAAGCCGACAAAGGUGGGCGCGGGUGUUAUAUCCAUAGCUAUCGGCGCCUUGCUUGCGAUCCCCCUAACGAAAGCGGGCAUCUUCUCUCGGGAGCGAAAGAGCGCAUUUCGCACCGACUCCAUGACGUUCCAGAAACAAGUCACCUGGUCAAGCCAUCUUGUCCGCCGCGCAAUCUUCACACUGACACUUCCUCUCAUGGGCAUGGCGUACACUGUCUCUUCGGCUAGGCGCCCUCAACCAUGGCUUGUGCCGAUUGCUUUCGCUGGCGCUGUGGGUUUCCUCAGUAUUCUCGCCAUAGCUGAAUGCUACGGCCUGAUGAUGGAAACGUUCGAUACAUGUGACCUACAACCUGGAGUCAACACACGACAUCGGCUGCAAAGCAUGGCUGUACAAGACCGCAGAAGAAGAACGAAUUACACGUCCUUUCCCCGUAUCACUGCUGGUAUCUUCGCCAGUCAAAUCAUCGCGUUCAUUCUCGCUGCAGUUGCGACGAUAGUCGGUGGAAGCAUGACGCGCAAUCUUGGCGCACAAAAGUCCACAGGGACAACGGCAGGCAUCCUCUUUGCUCUCACUGUUCUGCUUAUCCUGGUCCUCUGUCGCUUCAAGUCGGUACAGGUCAUACCGAACCAUACGUUUGGAACUAGACGCGACACGGCAGCCUGGCAAGAGUUCAAAGACCUGGAGAAGGUUGGGCGUGGCAGCGACUGGAAGGCUGUGGUCAUUGGAAAUCCGAGUGGCAAGAUGAGGAGAAUGAGCGUGCUUGAGUUGGGAGCACUGAGUCGCUGGACAGAGAUCCGGAAGCUAAACUUUCUGAUCAAGGGAGUCAUGUUGGGACAGGCAAAGGAGAAGAAAGACAUGGGAGAUGGUUGGUGA